AAAGUUCAAUCGUCCCAUUAAUACGCUCCGUUUCGGAGCGUCUCCGUCUUGCCUAAUAAAUAUUUUCACGGAGGCGCGUGUCCUCCACCCUCAUCAAUACUUGCCAAAAGUUCACUCGUCAGCCGCGGCCCCACCGCGUAUACUUUUAUGUGUAUAUAUAUAUAACAUGUAUGUACUCUCUGUAUGAGCAUAUGAAUUUGGAAACAAUGAUCUUAUAAGAUUGGCAAAAGAAACAAAAAAACGCCAACGAUUUCAAUUUCUUUCUUCUUCUCUCUGGUUUGGCGGCAAUGGCGAUUUCGGCUAGGUUGCCGCAAUUUCUUAGCGCGAGGACAAAAAGGACUAAUCUUUACUACGUGGCGGCGACGACGGUACUCUGUUCUGUGUUUUAUCUCAUCGGAAUUUUGCAGCACGGCGGCUUUUCCGGCCAGCAGAUAUCGACGGCCGCCCUACUCCCCUCAGUCCCGUGCGAGCCGUUGAAUAAGGAUUCGACGGAUACGACUAAUUUGACGUCAUCGUCCUCCGCCGUGUCCCUUGACUUCGCCGCGCACCACGCGGCGGAGGACCUUGUGGCGGUGGCGCAGGCGCCGCCGGCGAAGGAGUUUCCGCCAUGCAAGGCGGAGCUUUCCGAGUACACGCCGUGCCAGGACACGGAGCGGUCGUUGAAAUUCGACCGGCGCAUGCUGAAAUACAGAGAACGGCACUGUCCGGCGAAGGAGGAGUUGUUGAAGUGCAGAAUUCCGGCGCCCUUCGGGUACAGGAUUCCCGUCCGGUGGCCGGAGAGUCGCGACUCUGUCUGGUACGCCAACGUGCCGCACAAGCACUUGACCGUCGAGAAGGCCGGUCAGAACUGGGUCCGGUUCAAAGGUGAACGGUUCACCUUCCCCGGCGGCGGCACCAUGUUCCCUCGCGGCGCUGAUGCUUACAUCGACGAUAUUGGCCGCCUUAUCAACCUUAAAGACGGUUCAAUCCGGACGGCCAUUGAUACCGGCUGCGGGGUUGCGAGUUGGGGUGCCUACUUGUUGUCCCGAGACAUCCUCCCGUUAUCGUUUGCACCAAAAGACACACACGAAGCUCAGGUGCAGUUUGCUCUAGAGCGGGGAAUUCCUGCAACCAUUGGCAUUUUGGCUUCCAAGCGUCUCCCCUAUCCCUCGAGAGCUUUUGACGUGGCUCAUUGUUCCCGCUGUCUCAUUCCCUGGGGCCAAUACGAUGGUCUGUACUUGAUUGAAGUUGAUCGGGUUUUGCGCCCCGGUGGAUACUGGGUUCUCUCGGGACCGCCUAUUAACUGGGAAACUCACUGGAAAGGAUGGAACAGAACCGAGGAGGAUCUAAAGGCCGAGCAAGACCAAAUCGAGAGCGUUGCGAGAAGCAUGUGCUGGAAAAAGCUAAAGCAAAAAGGGGAUCUUUCAAUUUGGCAAAAGCCUACUAAUCAUUUACACUGCAAGGUUAACCGGAAAGUCUUCAAGAAACCAUUGUUCUGCCAAAAUCAAGAUCCCGAUAGUGCCUGGUACACAAAGAUGGAGCCUUGUUUGAGUCCCCUGCCCGAAGUGUCCAACAUAAAAGAAAUCGCAGGUGGGGAAUUAGCUAACUGGCCCGAGAGAUUGACCGCCGUUCCCCCCAGGAUUAGCAGCGGCAGUGUUGAUGGAAUCACAGCGGAAGACUUCAGCAGAGACACCGAACUAUGGAAGAAGAGAGUUGCACAUUACAAGCGCGUGGAUUUCCAGCUGGCAGAGAAAGGCAGGUAUCGUAACAUCCUCGACAUGAAUGCUAAGCUCGGAGGAUUUGCUGCUGCCCUCGUCGAUGAUCCCGUGUGGGUGAUGAAUGUAGUCCCCGUCGAGGCGAAAGUAAACACUCUCGGGGUUGUCUAUGAACGGGGUUUGAUCGGGACUUACCAUAACUGGUGUGAAGCAAUGUCAACAUAUCCAAGAACCUAUGACUUCAUUCAUGCUGAUGGCAUCUUCACCUUAUACAAGGAUAGAUGCGAGAUCGAGGAUAUACUCUUGGAGAUGGAUAGGAUAUUGCGGCCGCAAGGAAGCGUGGUGAUUCGAGACGACGUAGAUAUCAUGGUAAGUGUUAAGAGCAUAGCAGAUGGGCUGCAAUGGGACAACAGAAUGGCUGAUCAUGAAGACAGUCCUCAUGUGAGGGAAAAGAUUCUAAUAGCAAAUAAGCAAUACUGGACUGCUGACCAGAAUCAAGAAGGGUCAAAUGCCAGUUCAUAAAAUGGAGUUGGUGUUCUAACAUUCUUUUCUUAUUUUUUGUUGAUAAAAUUUUUAUAAUUUUGGUGAUUUUUCCUUGACCAAUAUUAUGGCUUCAGCUCCAUGUAAGUUAUAUACUUAUAUUCAUUGCCUUUUCUAUUUGU